GUCAAAUCACGUUAGUUUAUAGCAAUAUAUUACAAAAUUAAUGAGCCGUACAUAAAAUAGACACGAAAUUUUAAGUAUAUUCAAUGUUUUGAAAAAUUAUGAGUGAUUAAUUCCGGUUAUUUUGUGGUAAAUAAAAAAAAUUACAGUAAAAAUAUGGCAUUAGACUUGGUGAGCAUCGCACAGCCACAUUAUAUACCUGGAUACACUGGUCACUGUCCGGAGUACAAAUAUCGAAUUGGAGACACUUAUGGGUCCACAACACACAAGAUACUUUUGGAUCCCAGCGUACAGCAUUCGGAAAGACUUGUCCUAUCUGACAGGACAUCAGACGACUAUCAGAUCUUCAGGCCGCCGCAAACCGAUAUCGAUGUUGUCAACGCAAGGUUUCGUAAUGGCGACCCAGUUUACAAACAUCCCAUGAUGCCGGGAUUCGAGGGUUUCUUACCGCGGUUGAACGCGCAUUUCGGUCAGCGGUAUACGGUGGCGGCCACGGAAGCCCUGUCCGAGUUUGAAAGGACACAGCUGAACCAGCGUGCGGCUAGGAAUCAGCUGGAAAGGGUCGUCGAUUUGCAGGCCGGCAAGGGACAGCCCUGGGAUUUGGCUGACAGAUUUUCUGCCACGGCGGAGUUCAAGCUGCCACUCGUGGUUGUCAGGCCGGAAUGCGCGGGAAUUUUACGCGAUUUGCCCAUGGACGAACCGAAACUGUCACCGCCUUCACAUUCUGUUAGUCCAUACUUUAUGGAUAACGAAGACUCCGAGAAAUAUAUUAAAAAAGGUUUUACUGGUCAUGUGCCGUAUGGUUUUCAACGGUUCGGCGAGUCGUCAAAGAAACUCACCAAUUCGGCUCUUUGUGAUUUCUCUUCUAACUACAGAAGGAGACAAAGUACCGAAUGGGCACCUGUUAAUGUUGUCAAACCCGAUCCUCCCCUGUCCAUUAAUCCUACCGAAAUUUACCACAAACAUGUUGGUAUGUUGCCCAACUACGCGGGACACGUACCCGGCUGUAUAUUCAGAUUUGGUAAAACAUAUGGCAACGACACGAGAGACGCAAAACGAUGGUUGCGCGGAGAUUUUAAGCCGUGAAAAUAGUCAAUUGAAUAAUAUUAUUACGAACUUUUUAAUAAGAUCCUUUUUAUUUCGUAUAUUUUUUUAUAUUGAACUUCUUUCGGGUACAAAUUUCGAACAAUGAAAU